GCUUCAUCACCCUGCCUACUGAUCUGGUUGCUAUUUUACACUUUUUGUGAUCAGCUGAUGGCACAAGCAACAGACAGCAAGGAUUUCACACAUGAAAGAGCCACACUGAUCAUACGUCCAAAUAGAAUUCAGUUCUUUCGAUAUGACUACAUCUCUCUGAGCUGUGAAACGCCGGGGAACUCCAGCAACUGGACAGUGAAGAGAAAUACUUCCUCUAGAUCACCUGUUUCUGUUUCAUGUGGUGACAAGUUUGGUCGCCUUAAUGAGUCCACCUGCAUCAUUAGGGGCGUCUACACAGCAGACAGUGGGCAGUACUGGUGUGAGUCUGAGCGCGGGGAUAGAAGCAACGUCAUCGACAUCAUAGUCAACAAUAGCGUAGUGAUCCUGGAGAGUCCUGCACUUCCUGUAAAAGAAGGAGAUACAGUGACCCUUCGCUGUUUCUACAAAGAAAAAUACGCAGAGAGAUCAACUUCAAAUUUUUCGGCUAAAUUUCACAGAGAAGAUGGAUUAAUUUUGCCUCAACCUACAGGACAGAUGACCUUCCCAAUGUCCAAGUCUAUGGAAGGCCUUUACAAGUGUGAACAUCCCACAAAAGGAAAGUCUCCACAGAGUCUGCUGGUCAUGAGAGGUAAAUACAGCAAGUUUGUGAUACAGUAG